AUGGUUGUGCGCCUCAAACGGGCAGGCAUCAACACGCAAGUCUUGCAGGUGCAUUCCUGGUCAUGGCAGGCCCGCUUCCCCCUCUCCUGCAUGCUUUCCACCCACGGCAGCCCCGCUUUCCCCUCUCCUGCAUGCUUUCCACCCACGCCAGCCCCGCUUCCCCCUCUCCAAAAUGCUUUCCACCCACUCCAGCCCCGCUUCCCCCUCUCCUGCAUGCUUUCCACCCACUCCAGCCCCGCUUCCCCCUCUCAUGCAUGCUUUCCACCCACUCCAGCCCCGCUUCCCCCUCUCAUGCAUGCUUUCAACCAACGCCAGCCCCGCUUCCCCCUCUCCUGCAUGCUUUCCACCCACUCCAGCCCCGCUUCCCCCUCUCAUGCAUGCUUUCCACCCACGCCAGCCCCGCUUCCCCCUCUCCUGCAUGCUUUCCACCCACUACAGCCCCGCUUCCCACUCUCAUGCUGCUUUCCACCCACGCCAGCCCCGCUUCCCCCUCUCCUGCAUGCUUUCCACCCACGCCAGGCCCGCUUCCCCCUCUCCUGCCUGCUUUCUUCCCACGCCAGCCCCGCUUCCCCCUCUCCUGCAUGCUUUCCACCGACGCCAGCCCCGCUUCCCCCUCUCCUGCAUGCUUUCCACCAACUCCAGCCCCGCUUCCCCCUCUCCUGCAUGCUUUCCACCCACGCCAGCCCCGCUUCCCCCUCUCCUGCAUGCUUUCCACCCACGCCAGCCCAGCUUCCCCCUCUCCUGCAUGCUUUCCACCCACGCCAGCCCCGCUUUCCCCUCUCCAAAAUGCUUUUCCACCCCCUCCAGCCCUUAGCCAAUUCCCCCCUUUCGGCAUGUGGAGGCAACGCCACGUGCAUCAAGGAUAGUGCUGGGGUGGCGUCCUGUGUUUGUCGUGCUGGCUUCGUGCUGCAGGCUGACAAGAAGACGUGCACAGACACGUGUGUGCUCAAGAGGUGUGGGGGUAACGCCAAGUGUGUGAAGAGCGCUGCAGGAGUGGCGUUCUGUGCGUGUGACACUGGCUUCGUGCUGCAGCCUGAUGGCGUCACGUGCACCGACGCAUGUGCACUCAAGGCGUGUGGUGUAAAUGGCACAUGCAUCAAGGAUGGCACUACUGGAGUGGCGUCCUGUGUGUGUGACACUGGCUUCGUGCUGCAGCCUGAUGGCAUCACAUGCACCGAUACCUGUGCCAUCAAGGGCUGCAAUGCUGCGGUUACCGAUUGCGUGAAGGACGCUGCAGGCGCCGCCUCCUGUGUUUGCAAGACGGGUUACCAGAACGUGUCGGGCACGUGCAUGGGGCCUGCCUCGUGUGGGGUAUGCCCUGCAGGAGCCACCUGCACAGUGGUGCCGUACACCAAAGCCGCCUAUUGCGCCUGCCCUCCUGGUUAUGGCAUGACCGCUGCUGGCUGCGUGCUCGGCGCCACUCCCACUGUCUCCUCUGCAAGCUUCACCUAUUACACGCUCCCAAGCUUCGGCAUAACACCCGCCGCCUACACCAUGCGCCUCGCCUACAAUGGCUGCACCAACCUCACAGCUGCCUCCGCGCCCAGCAUCCAGUCAUACUGCAAUGUGGAACGGGCGCCUGGAGGGGUGGGCGAUUGCACUGAGAUCCGCCAGUACUACCAGCCGGGGUGUGUUGGAGCGUACAGCCUGUUCCCUGUCACGCCAGGGACCGGCAUGAGCACUGGGAGUAUUCCCAACUAUCGCGGGUAUCCUUUCCGCUCCUUCGCCUGCUCUAUCACUGGUGGGUGUUCCUGUGUUGCUGGGUGUUCCUGUGUUGGUGGGUGUUCCUGUGCUGGUGAGUGCUCUUGUGUUGAGAAAUGCGCGCCCAACACGUGUGGUGGGAACAGCACGUGCGUGCAGGACAGUGUGGGAGUGGCCUUCUGUGCUUGUAAUGCUGGAUUCCUUCUGCAGGGCGACGGCAAAACGUGCACUGGUAUGUGCAUCUGUUGCACCGGAAAUGCUAAUCAGAUGAAGUACAGGGAGAGCCCCUAG